AGCAUACCAAUGCAAUUGCACGACCACUUUAUCCAAAGCUGCCUGCUUCGCCAGUCUCAUCACCAUUAAACAGAGGUGUGUGAGACCAUGGAAGGAAAGGGAGAUAACUGGGCAAGGUGUAAACCUACAUGUUUUGUCUCUUGCAGGUAUGUGAAGACAUACCUCCUCCCAGACAAAUCCCGCUCAAGGAAGCGGAAAACCACCAUCAAACGGAACACGUACAACAAGCUGCUCAAGUAUGAGAUCAGCAAGGCCCUCCUGCUGACAAGGACCUUGCAGUUCUCUGUCUGGCACCACGACUGUUUUGGCCGGAACACUUUCUUGGGAGAGGUGGAGGUUCCGAUGGACACCUGGAACUUUGAGAGCCCGUUGGAGGAGUGCCUCCCCCUGCAUGGCAAGAAUGCUGCAGACUCAUCUGCUUCUCCUCAAUACAAAGGCGAAUUGGUGGUUUCUUUGAAGUUCAUUCCACCUGCUAAGCAUGCCAAUGCAGGAAGUGGAAGAAAAGGCAAAAAGGAAGAUGGCGGUGAACUUCAGGUCUGGAUCAAAGAGGCCAAGAACUUGACAGCAGCCAAAUCUGGAGGGACAUCUGACAGCUUUGUCAAGGGGUGAGCAAAUGGGAGCUUGCUAAAACUGUGUGAUGGGUGGAAAGGAGGCUGGAGACUGAGGGUUUACAGUUAAUUGUUGCCCUGCCCAGGUACCAC